AUGCCCUUUGCUGAUACGUUUGAGAAUCCACUUUCAAUGAACCCACCGUUAUGCCAAUUUAGUAAAGGAAAUCAUAUUGUUGGAUUGCCGUCUAAAUACGCAAAUGAUGGUAAAGCAGUUCCAACUAAUAGGUUUUACACCAAUCUACUAUUGGGAACAAGGAACCUGCCAGUUUGGACGCAUCCUUACUGCUUUAACUAUACUAACGAAACUGAUAAAAUGGGUAUGGCAAUUAGUUAUCCUAAUUCAAAAGAUUUUAUUAUUAAUAGAAAUAAUAUUAAAGUACAAGAAACACCAAAAUCAUUUAUUGCCAGUGCUGUUGAUUUCGAAACCCCAGAUGACAUGUAUUUAAGCGUGCUAGAUUUAAAACUUAUGUCAAUUCAAGUACAACUCAAGAAAACUGCAUCACAAUUCAUUUGGAUACCAAUGGUACAAGGUAUGGGAUUUGUUACAUUGCUUUACUAUAAUUUAACUCCCAAGUUACAAUCAGAAAUAGGUUACAAAUCACUUAAAAAAUUACCAACACCAAGAUCUAAUAUUCAAAAAUACGAAGUAAUUUUGGAAGAUGACCAGGUUUGGUCUCUUUAUGUGAGUACACCUUCAAAAGAUAUUAUGGAAUUAUCAUUAGAUGACAACAAUGUAAUUAUUGGUGAUAGAACUGCAAAAGGCACGAUGUUCCAGUUAAUACCAGAUUGUUCCAGUCAAAUUGAUGCAGCAGCUGGUUGUUAUCCUAUAGAUUGUGAAUUAUCAUCUGAAUUUGAUCCUGACAAUUCGCAUCAUAUUGGCCAUUUAUACUUCAAAUACAAACUUCUUGGUAAGUCCAAUUCGUUAUCGACUUUAAUUUAUAUUUUACCUCAUCAUUUGAUGACUAUAUCCGAUAAGAAUUUGAAAAAGAAACUUACUACAACACUUAAUUCAAGUGUUUAUGGUCAAAUGGUAGGAUUGAUAACAGAUUCAUUAGAAUUCAGAAUUACUCUUCCACGAGAGUUGAGAUUUUUAUUCAUCAACGAUAGUGACCAAUUUCACUCAACGUAUGUGUUACAAGCCUUACAAAAUGCAGCUAGUUUAGAAUCUGAGGAUGAAAUUAGUUACGACGAAAACAUAGAAGGUCUUGGAGAAACGCUCAGCAAAUAUUCAUGGAUCUUGUAUUGUUACCAUUUCAUCUUAGAAGAUUAUGAUUUAGUAAUGAAAUUAUUACCAAAAUUGAAAAAUUUGAUGGAUAAAUUCAUUUCUGAUACCCUAACGAAUAAUAAACUACAUUAUGAUACCACUUUUGGCGGUCUAGUAUCCACAGUGAACUAUUCCGAAAACUACUAUUACUGUGAUCAUAAUUAUGAUUAUAGUUAUUAUAUAAUAGCAGCUGCAAUAAUUGGUAAAAUCGAUUCAGAAGUAACGAACGAUAAUUGGUUAAAUCGAAACAAAGAUUGGGUACAGGAUCUCAUCAGAGAUUACUCAAAUCCUUCAGAUAAAGAUCCAUACUUCCCAGCAUACCGAUCAUUCGAUUGGUAUCAUGGUCAUUCUUGGUCUACAGGAUUAGUCGAAUCAAAAUAUGGCAGAGAAUAUCAUUCAUGUGGUAAAGAUUUAAAUUCAAUGUAUGCAAUAAAGUUAUGGGGGAUCGUGACAGAGAAUCAGAAUUUGAUCAAUAUGGCAGACUUACAAAUGGGUCUGCUUAAAAAUUCGAUGGAUUGUUAUGUAUUAUUGGAAGACGAAAAUCAAAUAAUACCAACAAUUUUCAAAUCUAAUGGAAUCUCACAAAAACUAUCGGAUUCAAGCAUAUCAUAUAAACCCAAUAGAACCGACCAGCAAUCAAUAGUAUCAACCCAUUUGAAGCACAUAACCCCAAUCACACCUGCAACAACAUUCCUAAGGUCACCUACAUUCACUAAGCAAGAAUGGGACAAUAUUCUAUCAAAUACUAUUGAAAAUAACUGCAAUAUAAAGGAAUCUCAAAGAAAUGAAUUAAUACUAAGCAGAGCAAUACAUGACCCAAUACCGUCAUUCAACCAUUUUGCAAAUAAUAGUUUUGCUUCCUUACAGUUUCAUCAAACUCAAAGCUGGACAUGGUCAAUAGCCUUCGCUGCAUCCCUAUUAUAA